AUGGCGCUGCUCGUCGACCGAACCGCAGCGCCCAACGACGGGCCCAGGCCUCCCAAGACAGAGGACGCGCCGUCGACGCCGCCUCGGCCACCCCGCCCUGCCGUGUCGCGCUCGCCUGAGCUGAUCUCGUGCCUGUCGCUGGGGCCGCCCACGCAGGGUGCCGACGCUGACACGGCGCCGCGCCGCGGCGAGCGGCGCAGCAAGGCCCAGGCGCUCUCGGCCAUGGGGAGCCGCGGCGACGCGAUGUCAUCCGCGGCGCUGCCCGCCGCGCCGCAUGCUGCGCGGCAUGCGACACGCAAGGCGCGGAGCAGGCCGCCCCUCCCGCCCCUCGUUUUCGAUACCACCGACGCCAAGCCGGCUGCGGGCGCGCGCCCCAUUGCGACAGGCGCCUCGACGCCCCGCCACGAGCCGCCGCGCACGGCGCCCCGGGCCUUUGGCCUCGAGGAAGCGCCGACCUUCUACCCGACCUGGGACGAGUUCCAGGACCCGCUGCAGUACAUCCAGUGGACCGCGAGCCCGUCCGGCGGCAACGGCAUCGCCUACGGGAUUGUCAAGAUCGUCCCGCCCGAGGGCUGGCACAUGGACUUUGUCGCGGACGAGCAAACGUUCCGCUUCCGCACGCGUGUGCAGCGGCUCAACGAGCUCAGCGCCGAGGGGCGCGUAUCACAGAACUACCGCGAGCAGCUCGUGCAGUUCCACGCGCAGCAGGGCCACGGCCGCGUGCAUGUGCCGCAGCUCGCGCACCACCCGGUCGACCUGCACGCACUCAAGCAGGCGGUGCCCCAGCCGCCGCCCGCGGCCGACUCCGACGCGUGGACGGCGCUGGCGACGACGCUCGGCUACAGUGUCGAGCAGUACCCCCGCGCUCCGAGCGUGCUGGCGUCGGCGUACGAGCGCCUGAUCGCGCCGUUCGAGGCGUUCCUCGCGGGUCUGCGCGCUGCGCCUGCCGCCCCCGAGAGCGCCGCGCGCCCGAGCGCCGCCGACGCGGAUCCCUCGUGCGUCGCGUGUGCGCGUCCCGCCCCCGCCGUCGUGUGUGCCGAGUGCCAUGCCGCGUUCCACCUCGCGUGCGUGCAGCCUCCGCUGCGCCAGGCGCCGCGGGGCGCGUGGGUGUGCCCGCCGUGUCUCGUGCACACGGGGGGCGACUUUGGCUUCGAGGACGGCGAGACGCACAGCCUCUUUUGGCAGCGGUGCGACGCCUUCGAGCGCAUGUGGGCCGAGCACGCAGCGCAGCGCGGCGGCGCGGACGCUGCGGCGUGGGCGGCGUGGGCCACGCUUCCGCUGCGCGAGCGCGAGGACCUCGUGGAGCGCGAGUUCUGGCGCCUCGUGCACGCGCGCGACGUGUGUGUCGACGUCGAGUACGGCGCCGACGUGCACUCCACGACGCACGGGCACGCGUCGCCGACGCUCGAGACCGAGCCGCGCAAUGCAUACGCGCGCAGCGGAUGGAACCUGCACAACCUGCCCAUCCUGCCCGGCUCGCUCCUGCGCUACAUCCGCUCGGACAUCAGCGGCAUGACGGUGUCGUGGAUCUACAUCGGCAUGAUGUUCUCCGCGUUUUGCUGGCACAACGAGGACCACUACACCUACUCGAUCAACUACCAGCACAUGGGCGCGACCAAGACGUGGUACGGCGUGCCAGGCGCUGACGCAGAGGCCUUCGAGGCGGCGAUGCAGCGCAUCGCACCGGAGCUCUUCGCCGCGGACCCCGCGCUCCUGCUGCAGCUCGUCACGAUGAUGAGCCCUGCGCUGGCGCUGCGCGAAGGCGUCCGCAUGUACGCCUGCCACCAGCGCCCGAACGAGUUCGUCGUCACGUUCCCCAAGGCGUACCAUUCCGGCCUGAACCACGGGUUCAACGUGAACGAGGCGGUGAACUUUGCGCUGCCCGACUGGAUCAUGGACGACCUCGCGUGCGUGCGGCGGUACCAGCGGCACGCCCGCGCGCCCGUGUUCUCGCACGACGAACUGCUCGUGACGAUAGCCCUGCACCACCCCCAGCUCAGCACCGCCCUGUGGCUGCAGCAUGCCUUCCGCGAGAUGGUCGAGCGCGAGCUCGCUGGCCGCGAGCGCCUUCGUGGGCGCAUCGCCGCCGAGGAGACAUGGGACGCGCCCACCGAGGUGUCGUGCGCGCACUGCAAGACGCUGUGCUACCUCAGCCACGUAGUGCGCAGCGACGACAGCCCGGCCGCCUGCCUCGCGCACGCCGACGCGGUGCAUGGAUCCGCGCCGUGGACGCUGCGUGUGCGCCACACGGACGCCUUUCUGACGACGCACAGCGCGCGCCUCGCGGAGCGCGCCGCCGUCCCGGUCGCCUGGCAGCAGCGCGUGCGCCGCUUCCUCGAGCAGCACCCCCGCCCCCCGCUGCGCAUGCUGCACAUGUUUGUGCAGGAGGGCGACAAGAUCGCCGUGCCGCUCCCCGAGCUGCCCCAGCUGCGCGCGUUCCUCGCGCGCGCGGCGCCCUGGGUCGCGCAGGCGCAGACCUUCCUGCCGAAGCGCCACGCCAAGCCGGCGCGCCGCGGCGGGCGCCGCGCGUCGUCGCCGCCUGCGCCGCCGCCCCCUGACGACACGGACCGCACGCCGGAGGCCCUCCUUGCGCUGCAAGCGCGCAUCCCCACGCUGCCGUUCGAGGCGCCCGAGCUGCAGGCCAUCGACGGCGUCGUCGACCAGAUGAACGCAUUCUGCCGCGCGGCCGAGACGUUCCUCGGCCGCGACGCCGAGGCACGCGACGCCGCCGCGUCCGUGGACGAGGCGGAGCGCACGCUGGCGCAGGGCGAGCUCCUGCACAUGGACCUCGCGCCCGUGCGCCGCCUGCGCGAGUGGAUCGCGCAUGUGCGCUGGUUCGCCGAGGUGCACCGGAUCGGCGCGGGCUUCCUCACCGGCGAAGAGGUGGACGAGCUGCUCGCCGAGGGCCGCCAGUGCGGCGUGCCCCUGGCGCACCCCCUCGUGCAGCGCCUUGAGGCGCGGGCGGCGCACGGCCGCGCGUGGGCCGAGCGGGCACGCGCCCUCCUCGACACGGCGCCCGUCCUCACGCGCGCGGCGCUGGCCGACCUCCUCGACGUGCCGCCCGACGUCGCGGCGCCCAGCGAGGUGCAGGCGCGCGUGCAUGCGCUGCAGCACAAGGCCGCCCAGUGGGAAGAGACCGUCGCCGACUUGUACCACCACACGCACCCGUCGCGCGCGCCGCUCGGGCCGGACGCGCCGGACGCGCCACCGCGGCUGGACGCGGCGCGGCAGGUGCUGGCCGAGGCGCACGCCGCGCGCGUCGAGCUGCCAUUCGCACGCGAUCUCGAGGAGGCCAUCACUUUGCACGACCGGUGGAACGCCGACCUCGCGCGGGUGUUGCACGCCGUGUGCCCACCCGACGAGCCGGCGGCCGACGCGGUCCGCGCGCUGUGCGAGCGCACGAUCCGCUGCGCGAGCGCCGAGGCGCUGCACCGCGGGUGCCGGGAUGAGCCGACGUACGCGCCGCUCUGGACGUACCCGCCGGUGCCGUACCCAGCGCCGCGCUCCGCAUGCAGCGACGCGCCGUGCCUGUGCUUUGCGCCGACGGACCGCACGGCCAGCGUGGCGUGUGCGACCUGCUACACCGUGUACCACCUGCGGUGCCUCGGGCGCAAGGCGAAGCCGCCGCGCGGCUGGCGGUGUGCCUUUUGCGAUGACGCACAGCUCCCGGCCUGGCUGCAGGCGCGCCGUGGCGUCUCGCAACUCCCACUCGUGGCGCUGCUACAGAACCCCGCGUACCAGCGCGACCAGUUCCGCUUCUUGCCAUCCAACUAUGUGCGGCUGCAGGCCGCGGUCCGCGCCACGGUCGAGUUUGGUGUGGCGGCGUGCAUGCAGUUCCGUGCCGGCGCGCUGCCGGCGCGCCUCCUCGAGCCCGCGGCGCCGGCACUCCCUCCGGGGCCGCCCAGUGCGCAGCUCAAGCACCUCGCCCGCCGCGCGCUCGGCUGCCCGAUCGAUAUCUUGCUCAUCGCCGACGCGACGCCCCAGUCGCACAUCCCCAGCAUCCUGGAUGUGUGCCGCCCGGCGUUCCACGUCCCACGCGCGGCGCCCAAGCCGAAGCGCCCGCCGAAGCACGCGCGGUCCGAGCCGGACGGCGCCGCGCCGCGGAAGCGCGCGCGGCGCGCGCGCUUCCAGUUUGCGGAGGAGGAGCUUCUUGCGACGCCGGACGGGAUCUACUGCUACUGCCGCGCGCCGGACAACGGCACCAUGGUCCAGUGCGAUCGGUGCUCGCAGUGGUUCCACAGUGCGUGCAUGGGCAUCGAUGAUCCACAAGCACUGCAGGACAAGUGGUUCUGCCCCGUGUGCUCGUUCCGCCUGCGCACCAAGUACCCGUGGGCCGAGAUCAAGAUCCGCGACGGCACACGUGCGCUGCCGGCGGACGUGCCGGCGGACGUGUUUGUGGAUGUCACGGCGAGUCUCAAGUCGCAGACGGUGCCUGUGCUGAAACGCCAGCCGUGGAUCUCGGGCAAGCGCAUCGUCCUGACGCUGUCGCACUUUGAGCCGGCCGUGCCGGCGGUCGACGGCCCGGCCAGCCCGGCACCGGCCGUCGCCCCGGGGCCCAGCGACCCUGGGCCGCGUGCUCCCCCGACGCUCCCCCGACCGGCCCCACCGACCGCGCCCCCGGCGCCGCCGGGGCCUGCGCCGCCCGAGUCCCUUCUCCAGCGACCCACCCUGCCCCUCUCGCUCGCCGAAGAGCGGCACCGCGCGGGCCGUGCCAACCUGCUCCGCCGCGGCGUGAGUGAGGCCAUGAUGCAGGCCUACUCGGUCGGCUGGAAUGGCGAGUCCAUCGUGUGCCAAAUAUCGCCGGACUGCCACAUUCUCCUGGGUCCCCACAUUGUGCUUGCGCGCGACGACCCGGACGGGACGCACCUCUUGCGCAUGGCCAUGGACGGACUUGUGCCGUGGGCACGCCGUGUGCCGGUGCCCGCACAGCCUGCGCCUGCGCCGGCUCCCCCACGGCCCCCCCCCGCCGCGCCACCACUCGCACGAUCCUUGCUGUCCGAGGCACCCAUGUCCUUACCUGCCCACCCGAGCCAGCUCGGCUAG